AUGGGGGUUCUGGGGGAGAGGUCGUGUUGCUUCUGCUCCGGUGGGGGGCGGUCGGAGAGGGUUAAGGCUGGCAUCUUCUCUGGAAAGGGUCCCGCCAUGGCCCUGGUGUCUGGUGGCGGUACUGGCUUCCUUAUACACCGGAACCUCCUGCUAACUACUCAUGCCAGCCUCCCGUCCGUCGCGGCCGCUGAGGCGGCCGACAUCCAGAUCCAUCAGGGUCGCAUUUCCGCCCGUCUAGUUCCCCACAGGUCAGUUCUCCAUGGCUCCCUUUCUGUAGAUUUUUGUCUUUCUAUUGCUUGUUUGAAACCCUAUUGCUACCCUUUCCACCAAUGUACUCCCAAAUUUCUCUAGUUUCUUCCUGCGCACGCUUUUUGACCUACUGAAAAAACGGGGGUGAUUAUGCUCCUUUUCGUGGUCACGUGAAUGAUGUGCGUGCUCAGCGAUUGUGACUUUUCCGUUGUGAUAUGUCCAGGUCGCUACGUCUUUCUUUCCUAUCUCUCUUUUCUGCUUAUUUUUUCACGAGCUCAAUGUUGCCUUUUCUUUUUCUUGGUGUGAAAAUGGAAAAUGCCCGCGUUCUUCUUUCUUCUGAUUGAAGAUCCAUUGCUCUAGGCAAUUCCUGCAUUAAAUUACUGACUCUUGUUCUUCCAACAAGUCAACGUUGGUUGAUAAAGUGAUAUUUCGUGAUUGUGAUGACGAUAACCUAUUGCGUCAUGGAGGAGAUGGUGGGGGAAAAGUUUUGGAUAUUUACACGAAGAAUUUAAUUGUGUUUCACUUGGUCGAGAAGUUCUCAUUUAAAGGUAGGAAGGACGACAGGACGACAGUUAAAUAUCUUUCCUUGUUGCAGCAUAGUUUCUAUUCAAGUGAUGCCAAUUUUAUGUGUUAGAUUAUAAUAGGAAAGAUGGUGUUAGUUAUAAAGGGCUUUAUUAACUGGGAAGUUUCAGUGUAAUCCAGUUUUCUUGAAUCUUGUAGGCUUACAAUCCGGUUAUCAUUACACUUGAAGUUACCCUACAAACAUUGGAUUAUGUAUUAAAAUUAUCCUAUUCCCGCCGAACGAAGAUAUUCCCCGAAAGUUACAUAAAUGGAGUUUACAACCAUGGAGUGAUUGCAAGAGUCAGUUUUCUACUUUACCUGGUCGGAUAGUGCUAUCAUUGGACGCAGAUUUGUAUGAAAACGUCACAUCAUUAUCGUGUAAUUUUAUCCUAUCUGUUAGUUCUCAACUUGUAACUCCAGAUUUCAGUCACUUCAGUUGAUUGUCAUAAUUAUUACUAGGAAAUAGCUCAUUCUCCUAACUUACAGUCGAAACCACACCACGGCAGAGAAGAUUUGGUGUUGAUUUGUCUCAAUAUUUUUUAUAAAUAAAAAAAUAAUUUGAUUUUUAUAUCAGAGUUGGUGCUCGGGUUGAUUUAACAUGCAGGCAGAUGGAUUUGUCGCUCUUGCUUUCUAAGCAUAUUACAGUGAUUUAAAUCCACAAGAUAAUCUCUUUGUUUUGCUUGAUUUUCAUACUAAUCAGCUACCGUUUUCUACGGACAUCCCGAAUGAGGCCUUCCAAUUGUAGGUGUGAUUGUCAGUGGGAACUAAUCACCAAUCUCUUGUGUGGAGUAUCCCCGUCCAUUAAAAAAGAGAUUAAACUUGAGUUAUGUUACUGAACCGAUUUCCUUUCUCAGAAGGUAUAUAGAAAGAGCUGUCAUUGAUUGUAUAUUGUUGGAUGUUACAUAAUUGUGAUGUUUGGAAAUAAGAUAAUAUUAAUCGUGUGAUUAGAUUUUUUAUUUUAUGGUAUCUUCCAGUCAUAUCGCAGAAGAAAUAUGGCUCUGUUAUCGAUGUCCACAUGCUAAGUGGAGGCAACCAGGUUCACUUUUUUCAGCUCUUUUGCUUCAGAAUUAGGCUGGGGCAAAGUUUUAGGCCUGACUAGAGCCUCAUAAAGACCUGAUCCCCAGAAGCCCGGAUACGCACCUUACAUCAGACCCAAAAGCCUUAUCCAUCUCAUUUCAUCGCCCUCCCCCUCCCCCUACCCCUCCCUGUCCGGUUGUACCUUUUCCCUUCCACUAGUGACCUCUACCUUCCCCAGCUUCUCCCCUCCCUAUGUCAACUCUCCUCUCCCCAUAGUGCCCUGUUCUGAGCCCCACCCUAUGCUUUUGUCGCAGCCCGCAGCCUCCUACUCGUACCCCUUCAACCGAUGCAGUCCCCUGUGGUAACCAUCAUGGGGCAAACAUCUGGAGAUCUCUACUUUGGUCUGGACCUAGGCGUCAUCGCUCUUAGACUCAGUUCCAUCAAGGGGAAAGGGAUGGAAUACGUCUUCCUUUUACCACCUAGGCGUGAAUAACGAGUCGGGUAACGAGGUAAAAAAAUAACAGAUGCUAUUAGAGGUUAUACUAUACAGUUUGAAGGAUCAUUGGUUUCUUUCACUGUCAUGUGAUGUAUUUUACGACAAAUCUUGAGACAAAAUGUGUCCAGGAGAACAUGCUGUUGAUUAUAUUUAGAGGCAGUUGUUUUUGCACACAUCUCUAAACAUCUGCUAUUCGGGCAGUGGCGGGAGCAGGCUAAACAUAACGCGGAAUUCACUCUUCUGUGUAAAAUUGUAAUUAAUUUUGCCCAAGACAUUUCGAUAUGCUGUAUAUGUCCCUUGUAUGAAAGCUCGUCUCCUUAUGCCGAGGCAAAUGGAGCAGAUAUUGCACGGUUUUUGAAGUUUACUAACCAGGAUUAGCUGAUCAUUGAUCCAUUAUUAACAAUUACAGUACCAAUAUAGCACAGAACACCGGGAUAAUCGGUGCAUAAUCCAUCCGCUGUAUUUUGCACCCCUUAGGGCUUGUUGUCACAUCGAAAAGCUUGCAAGAUGAUGAUACGAUCCUCUUUGGAGGGGCCGAAUCUGAGUAAAAUCGAAUAUGCAGAAUACUUGUAUUGAACUCACGGAAUCUUGUCAACGGCGAGAGAUAGAGCGUCAGAAUAAUAGUCUAUGAAGAUACAAGAAAGGAAGAGGAAAAGAAGAGAAAGGGAUGGGGAAAGUGUUCGAGAGGACUCCCCCACCUCUCCAAAUUCCCUCCUAUUUGCGCUCUAUUUAUACCCCCCCUCACAGGUGCCGAACACAUGACUCCUUCUUACACCCUCUAUAGGUCAGCAGGGGGAUCGUAUCAGAUGAUUUCCAUCUUGGACUCUAUUCCCAGGAUUGCCCUAGAUGCAGAUUGAUCAAGGUGAGGGUUUAGCCCAUCCCAACCUGGUCAGAGGUUUGGUUGAGGUCAAUCAACCUGAAACUGUACCCAACCCCUUAUACUCCAUAUUGUCUCUAACCCAUUUGAUUGCUGGCUCUACUGGGUAGAGUUCGAUUACAAAUUACAUCCAUACAUGCUAGUAUCGAAUGAAUAAAUAAAAUCAACUUUUCCUGAGCUUUGAAGAAUUAUGUUUCAGUUUCCUCAAAUGCGUAUUAUUCAUGUUGAGAAGAUUCAUGUUGUUCUUCAGACCUUGUGCGGAUCCAGUGGAGUUUCAUAAUUGUUUUCUUGAUCUUAAAGCAUGGGUGGGGGGUUUGUAUGUACUAUUUUGCUAGCAGGUUUUGCACAUAGAGAUCUUUCUCUGAACUCGUGAAAACUCGGCUAUUCGUCACGUCCUUCACUCCCAACUUUCAUGCAGGUUUUUCAUCACCAGCACGGUUCUUGAUCUGACAAUUGUGGGGAUUGACCCUCUCGAGGCCGACUCAAAUUCUCAACAGCCACAUUGCUUGAAGACAGGUUCCAUCCCAAGCCUGGAAUUGGCCAGCGUGGUGUAUCUCCUUGGCUAUGAUGACAGAAAGGAACUGAUGGUUGGGGAGGGAAAAAUAGCGGUGGCCACCGACAACCUGAUCAAGCUCUCAACUGGGGUAACCUGGUGCCCUGGUUCUGCUGGUUUUGACGUUCAAGGUAACUUGGCCUUCAUGGUGUGCGACCCCAUGAAGCUUGCCUCGUCUCCAACGCUCAGAUCUUCAUCUGUUUCCUCUUCCUCCUCAACUUCGGCCAAGAAGGACCUCCCCAUGCAGUUUGGGAUCCCCAUUCCCAUAAUCAUGGACUGGCUGUACCAGCACUGGGAAGGGAGUCUGGAGGAGCUCUGCAAACCCAAGUUGCCCCUCAUGCGGCUGAUGUCAACGGGGCAGAAGAGUGACCGAUCUGGUGCUUCUUUCACAAUGCGGCGGGUCUUCAAGGACCCUGAGGCGGAGAACGACGCCAUGACAUCAUCAUCAGCGGUGAUCUCGAGGCUCACGGGUCAACUCGGGUCGGCUGGUUCCGCAAGUCCAAGAGGAAACGCAGGUGGAGAGCAGGACCAUCCACGUGGCGAUCUCCGGUCAACACACGAUCGGGGCAUCCGGGUGCCUAAGAUCUAUGAGACUCCCAAAGUGACGUCAGGGCCGCUUCUGAGGAAGGAUCAUCCCCCGCUCCAGCUCCUGGACAUCAACUUUCCACCAAAACUUCCAAGGGCCGCCAUGUUGCCGCUCCCUGUGAGGCAGAUGCUGACAGAAUCACACCGGAACCAGGCCAAAGCCCCCAGGCAAGGAAACUCCCCAGCAGAGGCCGGGCCAUCGCGGAGAAGGAAACCGAGGAGUUCUGAAGACUCAGCGGAGGUCACUCAGCCCUGCCCGGCUCUAGCGGAUUGCCACAGCGAGGUCCAAUCGAGCUCGUCUCCAUUAGCAAUCUCUGUGUCAGCAGACGAGGGCUACAGAUGCAGCAGCGAUGGGGAGACGAUGUACUCUGCGGAGACGAUGGAGAGCAGAAACUAUGCCAGUCCCAAGCGAGAUGCCUACCGGCAGGUUGGCAGGAGCCGCAGCUGCAUGGACUACCAGCGGUGGGGCGGCGGAGCUCAGAUGAGCUCCGCCACCGGAAAUCUUGGGCUGCCGAAGCAGCGCAGUCUGAUCGCCGCAAGGAAGACCCCUGCCCACUCGCAGUCGCAGACUGUUCCUGCCGGUCAGAAGAAUCACAUCUACCACAGCCCCACGGUUUCCUCGGCGAUGAAGAAGCGGGGUGGCGCUGAGCAGAGAACCAGGCCCCGGCGGACGGUGGCUCAGGUCUCCCCCAGGUGGAUGUUCUAG